GUAGUAUAAUCUUGAGAUGGAAGAAGACUUAUGCAGACCAUUCAUGUUCCACUCUUCCUCUUACAAGAAUGGUCAUGUUGGCUUUUGUGGUAGUAUAAAACAAUCACCAAGUGACUUUGUAGUAACGGAAAUUGAUACAUCUGGGCAGCUAGUUACUGAAAUUGCAAAAGAUCUCAAGAGCAAAGAUACCUUGUCAGAACGACUUAAGAUCUGCCAGCAAGACUGUAAAAGACCACGACUGAGCUCUCCAGAGCUGUGUAUAGAAGAGCAAUGUUGUGAUAUUCCAGAUGGCAGUGAUUUGUGUACAGCAAAAUGUUUUCCUCCUUCCACUAGAGGUGUUGGAGAUUUGGAAGACAGUAAUAUAUUUGUUCGUCAGCUUGACAAAGUUACUACACUCGACUCCUUGUUAGAUGACUCUGUAUGUGAGCAGCUAAGGCUGUUUGCUUGUAACACCAAGGAGACGUGGAAUUCUAAAUCUGAGCCUGCAGCUCAUCCCUCUGAGUUCUCUCUUGGUCCAGUCCUGGAGAAGAAGACUCGUGCCAGCUUGCAUUGUGCCAUAAGACAGCAGUAUCCCUUUUUGAUCACUGUUACAAAAUGUGAUGAAAUUGUGGUGAAAGCAAAUCAAGAUUACCAGGAACUCUGCAACUUAGUGUCUGAAGAGGAAGCAUGUGGUUUUCUAAAAUUUUUAGAUGCCAGAACAGAAGAUUCAAAGUUUGCUUUUAAACCUGAUGGGAAUAAGGAACAUCGUAAGAAAGUUCACCAUUUUAUCAGUAAAAAAUUUGGAAAGCUGGUGGAAACAAAAUCAUUCCCUGACUCUCAGCAAAAUGUUGUUGUGGUGGUAAGGUUUCGUGAGAGAUCUGGUUUUCGAAAAAGGGCUAAUGCUGAUCGCAGAGUGAAACAAGAAAUAUAUACAGCUUUUACUCUCCGAAAAGAGAACAUGGAAACACUUGAAGCAAUUGGCUGUUUAUCUUCUGAACUUGGCGUGCUGCCUUCAGACUUCAGUUACACAGGCAUUAAAGACAAGAAGGCCAUUACGUACCAGGCUAUGGUGGUGAAGAAGGUAACUCCUAAAAGACUAAAAGAACUUGGAAGGUCAAUUGAGAAAAAAGGAAUCUAUGUGGCUAACGUACGCUCUGCAAGCCAGCCACUUAAGCUUGGCCAGCUGCAAGGAAAUCACUUCAAUAUAAUUGUGAGAAAUUUAAAACAGCACAGCAAUGACUGUUCUGCAAGCCUGAAAGAGAGAAUAGUGGAAGCCAUUGAGAAUGUCAAGAAAAAUGGUUUUAUCAAUUACUAUGGACCUCAGAGAUUUGGGCAAGGACAGAAUGUUCAGACUGAUCAAAUUGGAUUGGCUUUGCUGAAUGAAGAGCUGGUCAAAGCUGUAAGAUUGUUUUUCACACCGGAAGACACAGACGAUCCUGUAAAUAAGGCAAAGAAAUACUUUCUUCAGACUGAGGAUGCAAAGGGCACCCUUGCAAUGUUGCCUGACUUUAAAGUAAGAGAGAAGAUGUUACUUCGUGCAUUAAAUCGCUAUGGCAUAAAUCAAGAGGGGUGCUGCCAAGGUUGGCUCAGCAUUCCUCAUUCCAUGCGUAUAUUCUAUGUUCAAGCAUACUGCAGUAAAAUUUGGAAUGAAGCUGCUUCCUACCGGAUUAAAACAUAUGGAACAAAAGUUGUAAAUGGUGAUCUGAUCUUUGCUGAAGAAAGCACUGCAAACUCUUCACUGAUUGCCAAGGUCCAUGUAGUAACAUCUGCAGAAGAAAUGGCCAAUAAAUAUACAAUAAAUCAAGUCAUUCUCCCAAUGGCUGGUUACAGCAUCCAGUAUCCUGCUAACAGCGUUGGAGAGUGGUACCAUAAAAGGUUGGCCAGAGAUGGACUUCAGGCAUGCAAGUUUAGACUUCCUGCAUUACAGUUGAAUGUGCCUGGUUGCUACAGACACAUCUUGAAAUAUCCUCACAACCUGUUAUAUCGUUUUUUGAAAGACAAUGAAAAUGAAAAGGUUAUUGGAGACAGUCCCCUAGAGGAUUCAGUCACUUUUCUUUCUAUGUCAUUUUGGCUUGAUCCAUCAUGUUAUGCCACUGUUUGCUUGGGGGAAAUCAUGAAAUGUGAUAUUUGACAACAAAUAAAUGUUUAGCACCA